CCAUCUUUGUUAGGGGCAGAGGGGCCUGGCGUCUGGAGAUGCCGAAGUCGUGCGCGGCCAGGCAGUGCUGCAACCGCUACAGCAGCCGCAGGAAGCAGCUCACCUUCCACCGGUUCCCGUUCAGCCGCCCGGAGCUGCUGAAGGAAUGGGUGCUGAACAUCGGCCGGGGCAACUUCAAGCCCAAGCAGCACACGGUCAUUUGCUCCGAGCACUUCCGACCCGAGUGCUUCAGCGCCUUUGGAAACCGCAAAAACCUGAAGCAGAAUGCCGUGCCCACGGUGUUCGCCUUUCAGGACGCCGCACAGCUGGUGAGGGAGAGCACGGACCCGGCAGGCGGGGCUGCAUAUGCAGACGGUCGCAAGGAGGAGGUCAUCCCUGAGGUGGGGCGGGCAGAGUGCGGCCUGGGGAGGAGGACGGACAGUGCCCUCGAAGCGCCGCCCCCGAAUGCUGGCGGUCCCACUGAGCAGGUCCUGCCGCCGAGACCGCCGCAGGGAACCCCGGUCCCCGCGCAGCCGUCCGAUCAUAGCUACGCCCUCUUGGACUUAGACGCCCUAAAAAACAAACUCUUCAUGACUCUGAGGGAGAACGAAAAGCUCCGAAAGCGCUUGCGGGCCCAGAGGCUGGCGAUCCAGAGGCUGUCGGGCCGCCUGCGGGCCCACAGGCCGGGACAGCUGGGAUCCCGGGCGGGGCUGCGGCUGGAGCCAGAGAUGAACCGCGCGGCCAGGCUUUCCCGUCCGAGCCUCGGGGCUCGGGCCAUGGACCCCGCUGUCCCGCCGCUGACACGUCAAGGGACCGUGAGGCGGGCCAGGCACACCCCCGCCACCUCGGGGGACGUGUAGCUGCAUCGGCUGGGACAGGACGGAUCCGGGAGCGUGUGGAACUGGGUCCUUCCGGAGGUGACUGGGGCAGAUGGCUUUUCUGGGAGAGCUGGGCGGGGGUCCUCAACCACAGCGUCAGGUGGCGACCUGGCCAGUGUGAGGUUGCAGCGCAUUUCCUUGAGGGGCAGCCGGGCCAGGGAAGGACAGGAGAACGGGUGACAGUGGCGCCCAGGCAGCAGGAGGGAUACACUGUCGCCUGGAUGGCGGGCUCGGAGCGGUGGAGCCCCCCAUCCCGGCCUGCUGUGACCGACAGACCGAAUAAAGUGUCUUCCUCCGCUGCA